AAAAAAAUCUUGACCUGGCAGUGAGGUCCAUUGCUUGGCUCUGCAUCAUGUGUCAUCCUCAAAAACCAUACAAUCUUGAUAAGAAGAUAAGGGACACGUGUCAAAAAACCAACACCCACAAACUCAUUUUCCCGAUUUACUAACGCUCAACAAAACUCUUUCAUUCUCUUACACCUUUUCCCCGAGUUCCGACAAUGGCUUCAGCUUCAGCGACAGCUACUCUUCUCAAACCCAAUCCUCCGCCGCAUAAACCGACCAUCAUCGCCUCCUCCGUAUCCCCGCCUCUUCCUCCUCCACGUCGCAACCACCUCCUCCGCCGCGAUUUCCUCUCCCUAGCGGCAACAUCCACGCUUCUAACACAAUCGAUUCCGUUUCUAGCUCCGGCGCCAGCUUCCGCCGCUGAAGAUGAAGAGUACAUUAAAGAUACGUCGGCAGUGAUCAGUAAAGUUAGGAGUACGCUUUCGAUGCAGAAGACAGAUCCAAAUGUGGCCGAUGCGGUGGCGGAGCUGAGAGAAGCGUCGAAUUCUUGGGUUGCAAAGUACCGGAAAGAGAAAGCUCUUCUCGGAAAAGCUUCUUUCCGGGAUAUUUACUCGGCGUUGAAUGCUGUUUCAGGUCAUUAUGUGAGUUUUGGUCCGACGGCUCCGAUUCCGGCGAAGAGGAAGGCGAGGAUUCUUGAAGAGAUGGAAACUGCUGAGAAGGCUCUCUCAAGAGGAAGAUGAAAAAUUGCAGUGAGACCUGACAAUUUCUUCUUCUCCUCCAUUUUCUUGUUGAUGAAAAUUUAUUUUCCUAAAAAUGCCAAUCAAAUUAUAUGAGAAGAGAAACUUGAAUUGGCUCGCAAUCGCAUGCCAUUUUUUUUUCCCUGUAAAAUACUUAUCAAUAUCCUGCAUGAUAAUUACUUGAUUAUCAUUUAUCAGCGAUAGCUUAUCUAGUAAUAUCGAAUUCCAUUUUCUCAA